UAUAGCUCUUCUUCCGUAUAAGUUUGCUCAGCUGUUUGUUGUUGCAGAACUUACCGUUUCAUUGAAUAUCUUGAGCCUUAACUCUCAAGUAACCUUCACGGUUUGACUCAUUCUGAUGUCCAAUCUUCAUAAGCAGUAGCAGCAAAUUGGCCUUUGUUACUUCAGAUCGAAUCCUAAUCUAAAUCUCCCCAAGAAGCCAAUGACUUCAUUAACUCUAACCAUUUUGAUUGGUUAAUACCAGUUCAUCUUCAAAUUCCAUGGCCGCUUGUUCUCUUUCCCAUCACAACUGCAUCAGCUAGCAGAUAAAACGUAGGGUCUUACCAGUUGUUUAUAGAUUCGACCUAGAAAUACUUUCAGCCAAAGUAGUACUAUUAUUGAUUUAUUCAAUCAUUAAAAUCAGAUGAUAUUUUCCAGUUACAGCUUUCUUCAAGUUUUCAACAAACUCGAACUGAGUUUAUACCUUUAUGAGUUCCGAGUCCUGAGAGCACUAUUAUAAUGAACUGGGUUAUUCACACUUAAUAAUAUAUUAUUGCCAUGGUAGGCUACCUAAAUUUCCAUAGACUGGCACUUAAUGGUGGCAUAUAACAGAAGUUUCCUUUAGAAAAUUUUCAACUUUGAAUUAGUCAAAUACCAACUAUUUGAUCAUGAAGAUCAACACCAAUUCACUUUCAGACGCUCAUUUUAUAUCCAACUACUGUCAGUUUCUUUCCCUCAUGCUCUCCAUCCUCUCCGACAAUGCCAUCCAAGUUUUCGUUCACCAUCAUCAUCAUAAGCUUGGUCCUGAUUCUUUCUCCAAAACCAGUGUUUUCGAAUAAUUAUUUGAGCUGCAGUGUCCGAUCUAGUUGCGGAAAUAUUUCGGAUAUCGGUUACCCUUUCUGGGGAUUGGAUCGGCCGGAAAGUUGUGGAUAUCCUGGAUUCAAGCUCAGCUGCAGUGAAAGUGAGCUAGAAAUCACAAUCAGCUCUGCAACAUACCGAGUUCUUGCAAUAAACAAGGAAUCACAAACACUUCAUGUCUCUAGAACCGAUUACAGUGAGAAUCUUUGUCCCACUCAUCUCAUCAACUCCACUUUUGAAAGUGAAACCAGUCCUUUUCGACAAAACGGGGAUAGUCAGGAUAUAAGGCUGUAUUAUGGUUGUCAGCCUCUCACAGCUCCACAAAAUCUCACAUCAAUUCUCGGGAUUUCCAAUCAAUUCGACUGCACAAUAAACAAUACAAAGAUCGUAGGUUAUUAUGUGACAAGGGAAUUCGCGGGAACUGUCACCGGCAAUUUCCUGAGAUCUUGCAGUAACAGUGUGAUUAUUCCAGUCCCGAAUUCCCAAGUUCCGUCACUGGAGGAAGGCCGGGAUCCAGAUGAUUUGGAAGAAGCGGCUAAAAUUGGGUUUCAGCUGUGGUGGUCUGCAGAUGAUACCCGUUGUAAUAAUUGUGUAAACAAAGGUGGGCAGUGCGGGCGUAACCUCGUCUCAGGUGGAUUUGAAUGUUACUGCUCAGAUGGCGACGUUUGUUCCCCAGAGAAAAAGGAUGGAAAGGCUCUCAAACUUGCCCUAGGCCUCGGAGCAGCCGGUGUCAUUAUACUUGUUGGAAUCGGAGCUUUAUGUGUCCGGCAACAUCGGCGAAAGAAAAUUGUAGCCCAGCUUAUUAGCAGAGACCUUCCAACGUCUCCAUCAAGCAAAGGGCCAACAACUUCCACAACUAAUUACUCUCAAAGCAAUUCAUCCUAUUCCACUUCAAAAUAUGACAUUGAAAGGGGAAGCACUUACUUUGGAGCCCAUGUUUUUAAUUAUGAAGAACUUGAGGAAGCCACUGACAAUUUCAAUCCUUCUAAACAACUUGGAGAAGGAGGAUUCGGCACUGUUUAUUAUGGUGUACUCAGGGAUGGGCGUGUGGUAGCGGUGAAGCGCUUAUACGAGAACAAUUUGAAGCGUGUCGAUCAGUACAUGAACGAGAUCGAAAUCCUCACUCUCAUCCUUCAUCCAUACCUCGUGAAGCUCUAUGGAUGUACCUCGAGACGUAGUCGAGAGCUUCUCCUUGUUUAUGAGUACAUUCCUAAUGGAACCGUGGCUGAUCAUUUGCAUGGAAAGCGAUCCAACUCUGGUUUGCUUACCUGGCAUGUUCGGUUGAGAAUCGCCAUCGAGACAGCGACCGCAUUGGCUUACCUCCAUAGAAAGGAAAUCAUACACCGCGAUGUUAAAUCCAACAACAUUCUCCUGGACAAGAAUUUCCAUGUAAAAGUGGCUGAUUUUGGACUCUCACGACUUUUUCCUAAUGAUGUCACGCAUGUCUCGACUGCUCCGCAAGGCACCCCGGGUUAUGUCGACCCGGAGUACCACCAAUGCUACCACCUCACUGAGAAAAGUGAUGUUUACAGCUUCGGGGUCGUGUUGGUCGAGCUAAUUUCGGCGAAAAAAGCAGUGGACAUCAGCAGGCACCGACACGACAUAAAUUUGGCUAACAUGGCAAUCAGCAGAAUCCAGAAUCAAGCAUUGCAUGAACUAGUGGAUCCAUCUCUCGGGUUCGAGAAUGAUUUUGUGGUGAAAAACACUGUAACGGCGGUUGCAGGAUUGGCGUUUCGGUGUUUGCAACAGGAGAGGGAUAUGAGACCUUCAAUGGAAGAAGUGUUGGAGGCAUUGGAAGAGAUUAAGGGUGUAAGAUCGGGAUCUGAUGUGGUGGAUAUUAGAUCGGGAACUGAAGUGGUGGAUAUUAAAUCGGACGAUGUUGGACUACUGAAGAGCAUUCCUCCUCCAUUUUCUCCGGAUUCUGCGACAGAGAAAUGGGUACAGAUAAAAUCGAUGUAAUCCCGAGUAUCCUGCAAAUGAUGGAAGAGGCAGAUGAAAAUGGAUUUUCAGUUCUGAGUUGAGAAAUUAUUGUAUUGUAGAAAGGGAAAGUUGUUCAAAUUUUAUGAGCAAAACUCUAAAUGAUGUUUAUGCAUUAAAGCGUUGCUCAAGUAAUAGGAUUUUACUUAUGACUAUGAGCUGUGGUAGAAUAAACAUUACUCUGUAAAUUGUAGUUAUCUAAUAUAUGAUCUUCAUUUUUGAACUUA